CCAGCUAGAUGUGUUAGGUACAUAGCACUUGGGAGGUAGAUAGUUGGUUACAGAACGUCGUGAUUGUGUGUUUGAUCGACUUGGAUUGCGUGUUUUGUUUUUUGUUUUGUGUUUGUGUCAUUGUCAGAGGCUUACGUUGGAUAGUAACUGAUGUGUGGGCGGGUCUGUGUCCGAUUCUGUUACAGUUCUACUUUGCAUGACCGACAUAGGUUCAAUGUGCUGUUUGUGCAUGUAUUGCUCUUCUCGUCCAUCAAAAGUAUAUACAGUAGAAUAGAACUACUUCAUCCUUGCGGAUUCCACCUCGUGAGGCUAUUUUGCCUCCACACUCUAACCGUGGCUGUCCUCUCAAUAACCUCAGCCCCCGAACCACGUCUUUUGCCCCCUUGCUGCGAAUGGCUUACAGGAUUGCACGAUCUGGACAAAUCCUGCUCAAGCCACACACGCAUGCACAACGGUAGGCAUUUCCGCGGAAGCAGUCCUCGACAUUACAUCCACGGGGGGAUGUCCGUGAGUUUCUGCAUGAGGAAGUACGGGGGCAUUGAAACUUCGGUGGCACGUCUAGGCUUCGUGCGCACCUACUUGCUUCGGGACUGUAGAUAGUUUCACUGAGAGGUGGUUGCAAUAAGUUUGCAACUCACGUCAGUGGGCCGAUUCCUAAUUUCGGCGACGGAUUCGGCCAUCCCCGAUGCAGGAU